AGGUGGCAAUAAAAAGUGACUACGACUUGAUGCACUCUGAUAAUACAGAGAGACGUGAUGUUAAAUAAGGCUUGAGUACUUACAUGUGGCAUGCUUAAAACUGUGCCUGCACGUCUAAUGGUUAGUGUUCCUUCCUACUACCGGAAAUCCAUUCAAAUCGAUUACCCACCGAUUACGUGUAUAACAAUUGUUUUGUAAUGAAAGUAAAAUUCAUUGAGUCUGACUUUCGUCGUUCGUUGUGCGACUUGUCAACUUGGUUUUAUUUUGAUACGGAUAAGACAAAGAGGCAGAAUGACUUUGUUUGUGCGCUGCAAAAUAAAGGGAGCUUUUGUGUGGUAGUAAUAAUUUGUUGAUUAUUUAAUUUGAGGGGCAGAAAUUUUAGGAAAAAUGUGGAUCUCUUGUGUGAUAAUUAACCUCGUAAUUAAGUCAGUUCUGGGACAAAAUAAUUUAUUGUAUUCACAACCGCAGACCAGUUUGGGACAGAAUUCGUUCGGGAAUCUGAACAAUUUGCAGCAAAAUUCAGUGAAAGUGAGCAGUUUGAGUGGUAGUAGUAGUGCUGGUGACAAUGAGUUUGACACGAGUCGUUUAGGUUAUCCAAAUUCGGGUUAUCGAAAUUAUAAAGGGUCAGAUGAAUCGUCUCACUCAAGGGAAAGUAGUGUCGUUUCUGCAACUCCGGAAGAAAUUGAAUCUUCUUACCAACAAAGCUUGAUACAUUUGAAGUCUCAAAGUGGACAAAUUCCGACACCAGAUUUUAUCAGUGACGUACCACAAGCUUCAUUUCUGGAUUUGUUGAAACCUCAAAGUUUACAAGGAUAUGAAAAUAUUGGGCCAUCCCUUGUUCAACCGCACCUCCCAGAAAUGCAUAUAAAUCCGGGAAUUUCUCAAUUUCCAGAAAUUUACUCGACAAGUGCACCCAUUCCACAUCAUGCCCCAGAAUUUCCACAAGUUCACACGAUCUCUCCCGGAAGUGGGUUUCCUUCUUCUUCGGGAGGGGGCCACCCAUCAUCCACCUCACUUUUCAAAGGAGACGUUCAAAGUAUUCCGAUCAGUGUCCAACAACAGAUAAUUGAACAGCAAAAUCUCCACCAAAAACCGCUCCCAUUUCCACAAGAUUUUACCACCACGACAGUUCACUACCCUCCAAAAUCUCCGGAUGGAGGAGGCGGAGGAAGUGUCAGUCACAUCCAGUUUCACGGAUAUUCAUCUCCAUCAUCUUCCGGGGACCAUCUUAAAGCCAAUUUCCGUCCGUCAGAACCAGACUUGUCGAAAUUUCCGGAAGUGCAUCCUACCAAUUUGAGAGAAAGCAUUUUCAACCCACCGGCCAUGUCUUCUGGAUUCAGCCCAAGUUUUGGUCCGUUAGGCCCACCGUCUAAAAGUUUGCAUCAAUCUUUACUGGAUUCUUCUGGUGGGAUUCAGCAUCAUGAACAUAUUCCUCAACAUUUUCCUCCUCCACAAGCUCCUCCAGUGUUAGACCACCACCAACCUCAACAUCACCACCCAAUUUCGCACAGUUAUCAGCAUCAGUUCCAAAGUCAUGAUCACCAACUAGCAGUUCCCCCAAGUUUUGGGGUUCAACAUCAACACCAUCACCAUCCUUCUCCUUCCACGGGGGUAGGACAUCCCCACCACCUUCUACAUGAGUUUCAUGGCCACGUGAAAAAUCCAUCGGCAGAGUACAAAUUCAUUUUUAUGAAAGCUCCGCCAUCAACGGUGGAAAAUCCGGACGAGAGGACACUGGCUUAUUUGAACUAUUUGGCACAAAGUGCGGCAUCUGCGGCGUCGGCACAUCAUGCCACGACCGCAACUGUGCAUAGUCGUCCUUUGCCAGACCCACCUUCAUCCCCUCCUUCUGAACCCAUAGUUUAUCAUCCACCUUCAUCCCCUCCUCCCGAACCCAUAGUUUACCAUCCACCUUCUUCUUCUUAUGACGAUACGGAAAUUUCUACGCCAAGCCCUCCACCGAAUUCUUUCGAUGCACUUUUCCCAGCACAAUUAUCCAAACAGUUUAAGAGGACGCAUCGGCAUAAACACAGGCGAAGAAAGAAUCGAAGGAAACAACCCAAAAAAUACAAGAUUGCUUUAAAUCCGAGUUUCAAAGGGAAAAUUCUACCAGAACAUUGGGAACAGUUGGCGAAGCUUGUCCCAUCCGCGUCUUACAGUCAGAAUUUUGCCCCAUUCCCGACCCAAGCGGGGUCACUGUUAUCGAUGGAAGAAAUGCUGAGAAGAGCGUAUGGAAUCGAUCCUAAUAUUUUUGGUGCAGAGUUGGGAACUGAAACGGAAAAAUUUACGAGAUCCACGUCAAAAGAGGGGAAAAAUACGAUUAAUAGUGAUGACUCGGAUAGUGAAGAAGAAUCGUCGGAAGAGGAGAAAGUGGAAAAACGCAAGUCUAAGAAGCGUACUUCUGGCAAAUCAUCUAGUAAGAACAAAUCCAGUAAGAGAAAAAGUACGACAACUACUCCCACACCAACUACAUCGACAACUACCGAACCAACUACGACUACAACUACAACGCCAACUACGACUACUACAACUCCAACGACGACAACUACAACGCCAACUACGACUACUACAACUCCAACGACGACAACUACAACGCCAACUACGACAACAACUCCUGCGCCAACCACGACAACAUCUACCUCAUCGAUACCAACUACUACCACCCAAAUUACGACAACUACACAAUCAUCGUCCACAACUACUCCAAGCCCAACCACCACAGCAAGCAGUUCCACUACAACUACUCCUCCCACAACCUCAACAACUAUGUCUCCAACUACAACCACCCCCACGUCAACAACCACCACUAGUACAAAUCCUCCAGAAACAUCUACUUCCACCACCACCACCCUCCCUCCCACCACCACCACAACUGUAUCCAAAAGUACCAGCGAAAGCGUUCACUUUACGGUAUCCGUCCUCCCCAAAACGUACGAUCACGAAGAAACUUCGGAAUCUCGACGAGCUAAAAGUACUUCCAGAGAAAAAUCACAAAACAGUGCGGAAGACGUGACCCCAAACUCUUCCGAAUAUUCUUCAGAAGAAGAAUAUUUAGACGAGGACGCGCCUUCCAAUGAAGAUUUACAAACUAACGGACAUCAAAAAGACCCACUUCGCAUUGCUGAUGAUGAAAAUCAUAAUCCGAAAAAUGACAAUGACCACGUUCUCAUUCCACUGUACUUUGAAUCCAGUAAAAUGCCGGAGGAUUUUUCCACCGCGGAAUAUGACGACAUGACCAUGGACUCCGGCCACAAGAAGAAGGAUCUCUCUUCCGACAUGAAAACGGAAAGUGAAGAAAGUUCGGAAGAAGUUGGGGGCAAGAAGACAAAGAAACAGAGGAGAAAGAUUAAACCAUCGCUGGCAAGAAGACUAAUCAAUGGAAAAGGGAAGAAAAGAGUGCAAAAAGUUAAGAAACCUAAAAAUGCACAGAAUUAUAAUAAACAUGAUUCCUCCCAUAAAAAUAUGAUAUAAAACGGAGAAUGCUUUAACAAUGUAUGUAUAUGUUCUUGUUGAUAAUAAAUUAAGGUCAGAAACUUAAUUUA